AUCAAGGACUAAUUUCUGUACUGGACUAUGAGUUGAACGCCUGGCACUCUGUUUGCUCCACAUGGGACUCUGAAUCUGGAUUGGGUCAACUGUGGUUUGAUGGAAAACCUUCAGUCAGGAGGUUCAUCACAGAUCAAUCAACCACUUGUUGUCCUUGGACAGGAACAGGACAGCUAUGGUGGUAAAUUUGACAUUAAGCAAUCUUUUGUCGGCAUGAUGACCGAUGUCCACAUGUGGGACUACGUCCUUUCUUCCUGUGAAAUCCAAAACUAUGUGGACAAUCUGAAUUUCAGUCCAGGCAAUGUGCUGAACUGGAAGGCUCUGACGUUUGAGAUUACUGGAAGAGUCCUGAUAGAAAACAAGCAGCUGACCUGCCACUAGAGCCAGUUAGUGGGAAAAGGCCUCGUCAAGUCCGGCUUCUAAGGGCAGAAUGACGUUUCUGUGUAAACUAGAAAAUAGUGCAUGUGGGAAAACAGGGUGUGUUUGAUCAGGGUGAAUUUCUUUACAGUUGCAAUCAAAGCUUAUC